AUGGUCCUGAACGGCACCAUGAAUAUCCAAUAUUGGCAAGUCUCGUGGGAGCUCUUCAUCUCUGGCAUUCCGAUUCUAUCUGCUUUGAUCUCUAUGGUGGUGCAAGUGUUCUACGCAUGGCGAAUGUGGCUCUUGUCAAAUAGGAAACUGCUUAUCCUCGCCGGUAUUGUCGUUAUUCUCGCUCUCGGCCAGUUUGUCUGCGGAUGCAUCGCGGCUAUGGCGAUCACAAAUUCUAACCCCUUAGUCCCUUACUACUCGGCGGACACACCCAUAUCAUUUGCUCCAAUUAUGGGCUGGCUGGGGGGAGGCGCUCUCGUGGACAUUAUCAUCGGCAUCGCAAUGUUCAUCCUGCUGCGCAAGUCGCGGCGUGGUGAGAAGGAGACGGAUAUCCUUCUCAAUCGUCUGGUCAAGCAUAUCGUUGGCAGUGGAAUAGUCACAGCCGGGGUUGCAUUACUAGCGCUAGUACUUUAUAUUUAUAGCGUGUUCGCGGCUGCGGCGCUUGCGGACUGCCCAGCAUCCGUCGUGCUCACGGAACGGAAGGGUAUGACACUGACCACCUUCCAUGCACUUGAGGGCGACCUUUCCAUAUAUAUGGCGACCUCUCAGCUCUCCAACGGUGUUUACCUUCGCUCUACUAUCAACGCUAUACCCGCAACCAACCUUCAGGUCUUGUCGGCAUUCAGUUCGGAUAUCAUCCCGCUGGGUCAUACGCAGCCCGACAUCGCCACCCUGGUUGCUGCAUACAGUAAUUUCAUUGCUCAUGAGAUCGAUCCCAGCGAGUCCAAGACCCGCAUCUAUCUGCGUGGCAAGGCAGUCAUCAAUGGUACCUCCGGCAGCGUUGACACCCAGGUCACACUCAAGACUAUCCCUAACGAGCUCAUCCUGUGGCCGCAGGCUUGGGAGAAUGCUCCACAGAUCGGUCAAGCCACGUUGAGCGCGUCUAAGGAUGGCGAAGUUGUUGUGACCAACACUCCUAUCGUAUACAAUCCGACCCAGGGCCUUGGCCGCCAUGACACCUUGAUCGCUGAAGCGACGACUGGAGCAACGAAGGCGUCAGCGACCACACUGGUGCAGCAGGUCCACAACUGGCGCGAUCUGGUGAAGCUCGUCGGCGAGGACGCGACGCUGGCCACGUACAACGUGGUCUUCGCCGAUCCGUGCUCUACGAAUGUCAGCUUGACGACGAGGCUCAGGGUGUUUGAGAAUCAGGCUAGCUCCGUCAACAUGGCCUUUGGAAUUGAGGCCGUCGGGACUCCUGCCAGCGAUAUCGAUGUCUCUUUGGUUGGCUUCGGCGCCACGACUGGAUGCAAGCCAUUCACGUUUGGGCUGUCCCGUACCAACAUCCUUCCUUCCAAGUUGCUUACCACGUCCUCCAUUCUUCCAAAGGACUUUGACGGUACGGUGACGUUGAACGUGUUCAACGACAAGAAGCAGACGUUCAGAGACUACUCUUCCAUCUCGGUUAUUGCGUAUGCUGUUACGGCGGUGGGCGGCAAAGAGACGUACACUACGCUGGGUGCUGAGCACAUCGUCUUCCAUUCGGACACGCGCGUGAAGAAGCUGUUCAACGAUUUCGCUCGCGUUGUUAAGGCUCAUGGGACUGCUAAAAGGACCAAGACUGCGACCUGGAUACCGGACUUCUAUUUCCGACAACAUGUAAAUGAAGGAGAGGAGUUCCCGCGAGGGAACGGGGCUGACGACAACUCACCUGACAUUCAACCAUGGGGAAGGCUGCCUGACGCUAAUGUCCAGACCAACCUAGGACCAGCUAACUACAAAGUCGACCAGUCCAACAAGCGGCAAGAUGAACUGGUUGCUGAUGUCUCUAACUACAUAUACGUGCGUGGGACGACCACUGUCCCUGGUUCCGGCUCUGUACGGCUGUUCGCCGUACCUUCCUCAGUUAUCUUGCACCCUUCACUGUAUGCUACCGAAGCGCACGUGAUAUAUGACCACACCACUAGUGGAGGCCGUGAAGUUGCCAUACGGAAAUACAACACUCCCUCCGUCCAGUCACCUCACCCGAUUCUCUUUUCGGAGCCAUUCAACUACUCGGACCCGCCGGCACCUCCCACGGGCCAACACUACUGUCUCAUUGCAGAGUGCAAGCCCGAUGGCCUGAAUAAUCACGGCGUUCCGUAUAAGUGGCCCCACCACGAGAUCAAAGAGUUCUCUACAACCGCAGAAUAUGUCGCCGAGAUGGAUUCUAGUGAUGCUGAUGUCAGGUUGAAGAAGGUUACCAUCACUGAGCCUGACCAGACUGCCAGUGUGCACUUCUCCGGCAAAGGCCCUGGAUUCACCUGCCAGGUCGUCAUCCGCUGGUACGCAAAUGGGAAGAAGAUUCAUAAGGGCCAGCACAUCAGAGGAAAACUUUGCUAUGUGGCUUUGGCGACUUCACACUUGGGAAAUGAAUUGUUCAAGCUCCGCAACAUCGGGGAACCGAGUACCCCUAUUGUACGCACUGUCACUGCUGACUACCCGAACGUCGAAGUGCCCGGGAACGCCGAUGAAAGCAAGGACAACGGACCUCCCAGAAUUGGCGGUGCACACACCCGCCGUCUUCUCGGCGAGACUUACGCGGCUAAGGCGAUCCACGUCCAUUACGUUGUUGGCGACGACGCUAUCAAUGCUACACCCGCCACCGACCCCCGGGUUUUGGCCGCCUUAAGCCCCGACAUCAUUCCGAUGGGGCAGACACAGCCUGAGGCUAAAACUCUCAUCGCUGCAUAUGAUCAUUUCGUCUCACACGAGAUCGAUCCCGGCGAGUCGAAGACUCGCAUCUACUUACGCGGCAAAGCAAGCAUCAGGGGCCACGCCGGCCCGGUCAAGACUGAAAUCACCCUCAAGGCGUUCCCCAACGAGCUCAUUCCGUGGCCCCAGGCUUGGGCGAACGCGCCAGACAUUGCUCAGGCUACAUUGACAGCUUCUACGGACGGACAAGUCACCGUGACGGAGGUUCCGGCCGUCUACAACCCCACUAAAGGACUCGGAAGACACGACACACUUGUUGCAAUCGGCAGAAAGGAUCCGGUACGGCACGCCUCGAACUGGCGCGAUCUCGUCAAACAUGUAGGCCAGGACCCGGCGCUCGCGACAUACAAUGUCGCCUUCUCCGAUCCAUGCUCGACGGAUAUCAGCUUGACGACCAGGUUCAGGCUUCCCGAAAACCAGUACCACAACGUAGCUAUGGCUUUCGUAAUCGAGGCCGUUAGUACGCCCGUCAACGACAUCGACGUCUCUUUGUCCUGCUUCGGGGCCGCACCCAACUCCAAUCCGUUCUCAUUUGGCUGUCCUCGCAGGAACAUCCGGCCCUCUCAGCUGCUCAUCACUAAGGCUAGCGUGCCCAAGGACUUCGACGGUACUAUCACGCUCAACGUCUUGAACGACAAGAAACACACAUUCGGCGACUACUCCACCAUUUCCUUGGUCGCCUACGCAGUCACAAACGUGCAUGGCGAGGACAAGUAUACGAUUCUCGGCGCGGAGCAUAUUGUCUUUAACUCUGAUACACGCGUGAAAAAACUCCUAAACAAGUUCGAUACUGAGUACGAAGCUGUGCCUCCCGCCCCUGAAGCCCAAACUACGGCCAGUGCUGCGAGUAAUGCCGCACCCUAUGCCUUCUACUUCCGAGACGCGGUUAACACCGGGUGGCCACGUCCCGCAGUCUCCGCGAUGUCCCCUGACAUCCAGCCCAUGGGUACUACACCGGAUCCCAAUAUCCAAAGCGAUCUUGGACCACAGAAUUACAACGUGGACGUUUCCAGUCAAAAGGAAGUCGAAUUGGAAGAGAAUGAAUCCAAUUACAUCUAUGUGCGCGGUACUACUACCAGACCCACGGGCGGCUCUGCGCGACUGUUUGCAGUACCUGCCUCUAUCAUACUGCACCCUUCGCAGUACAGUCAGCACUCUGUCAUGGACUACAGGCCAGACGGCGAUCCUGUCCCCGCAAUUCGUCGUUUCAAGACCAAGUCCAAAGACUCUACGAACCCUGUUCUUUUCACGGAGCCGUUCAACUUUGCUAAUCCCCCUCCUCCCGCGGCAGGCGACCACUACUGUCUUGUUGCUGAGUACAGGCCCGACGGAUACGAUUGCAACGGCUUGGCAUACAAGUGGCCCAAUGAGGAAACCGGGGACUUUGGAACAUCUGGCGAGUGGACGGCCUGGCUCCAAUGCAACCCGUACGUUUGCCAGCGCAACAUCGGUUAUGUCAGCAAUCCGGAUGCCCCGUGUCAAGUCAUUCAUACCUGCUUCACGAUCCCGGGCUCGUUCUGCGCGUGUGACCUCUGGGUGUAUGAAGUCUAUGCGAUCAAUUGCCCCAUAGGUUCUUACAUCGAGGUGACCUCGACUGAUUCUGCCAUCGUCAUACAGAAGUUCACCAUACAGAAUGAGUGCCAGGUUCAGGGUGUUGUAUUCUCGAACAAAGGUCCCGGGUUUACAUGCCAAGUCACUAUCAGCUGGUUUGCGAAUGGCAAGUCGAUGCAAAACGGCCAGUGCAUCAAAGGUGUUCUCUCCUCCAUGAAAUUGACGACUUGCGUAUUGGGAGAUAGGCAUCGUCGCAAGAGGAAGCCUUGCGGCCCGUUCGUGCGCGCUGUUCAGGCUGACUACCCGAACAUAGAGGUUCCCGGGACAGCCGAUGCCUCUAAGGACACCGAGCCUCCCAAGAUCGGCGGAGUGCACAGACGCCGCGUUCUUGGAGAGACUUACAGUACUCCUGGCGGAAUCUACAGCAACUUCACUGUCGGAGACGACUCGUUGGGAUACUCGCUCGCGUAGAGACUGUGGCCGUCGUGUUCUAUGAUGCCAAUGUUCUGUAAGCCCUCCUCGAUCUCGUCGCUUCUGCUGUUGUAGUACCUGCUCUGCGACGUUGGUGAUCCAAUGUUCGUCUCGUUGUCGUCAGUACUAUUGUACAAUAUCUGUAAAAAUAGCUUGAGAGCAGUGGUUCCAAAUUGUUUCCGUUGCUAAAAUGUUUUGUGUACAAUCACGGGAAACAGGUUUACAUGAUUCGGCAAGAUCUGUAGACGU